AUGGAAAUUGAUCCUCCUGUUUUUGAGUCAAAAAUAUUAUUAGCAAAUGAUCAAGUUCCUUCACAAUACCGUAAAGAUGAUUUGAUGCAGGAAAUCAUUAUAGCAACUUCAAAGUUUUUUGAGAAAGAUGGGCGCUUUGCGGUAGCAGCGGUUCGAAAAGAGUUACACCCGAAGAGCUCGCCCACUUAUGUGUUAUAUUUAUAUUUGUAUGAGCGCUAUUAUCCGAUUUGUCGGACACAAAAGGUCAACUUAAGUACGCGAUUCAAUUACAACAAAGUGUUCAUUCAAUUUAGUGAGCACUGCAACGAACUUAUAAUCUUUUGUGGAGACUAUUUAUACUUUUUCGUUCCAAUCAACUGGAGCUUUCCAUUAACUUCUGAUGAAAAGAAUGUUCACGUGACACCCUCCAGAGAGAAGAAAGAGUUAUCAGAGCUCUUUUUCAUACGAUCAAAGUCGGAACUGAAACUCCCACAAAUUCGAACACCAACUCAAGAGAGUGCAUUCAAAGUGACUCCAACUUCAAAGUCUCAGAAACUUCCAAAAGACAUUCGAUCCUUUUUGGUUUGGACCUCGAGAGGUACUGCAAUUGGAAUUUUGGUCUCGCGAGACGGCAUCAUCAUAUUCUUCGACUUGAUGACUUCACAAGUUCUAAAGGUGAUGACGUUCUCGAUGAAUGUUUGUGUGAAAGAAGCGUUACUUUGCCUCGAAGACUCCAAUGUCGACAAAAUAUCGACUUUUCUUGUUAUAGUGUUUGAAACGGAUUUUAACGACAUGACUGCGGUCUGUUGCCAACAACUCGAAAUCAAGUCGUUGCGUUCUUCUGAGGUCAUCAACAUCUUCACUAAAAAUGUCUCUGAGUCUUCACUCUCGCGAUUCGUUUUAAAGUCAAGUGGUAAUGUCAAAGUCCACUACUUCAACAACAAAAUGUGUUUGGGUUAUUUCUCGAACAUGUCCAUCAAACUGUAUUCAUUGUAUAACCAACUCCUCAUGGUGUUUGAUGUCUGUCAAAGCUUUCCGAGAAGUUCAGUGUGUUUCUUGAACAAUAAAUACCUCUUCCAAUUCAGCAGACUAACAGAUGAAACGCAUUGUUGUGGGAUAAUCCCUCUUAUGAAGUUGUUUGAUAAAACACCACCAACUCAAGUCAUCAAUUUUGGAGUGGAUUCCAACUACUUCAAUGUCAAAGGGACAGACCCGUUUUUUAUUAACUUCAACACGAAAGAGCAAAACGCGAUUAAUAAUUCACAAGAAAGUUCGUUAGAUGGGUGUGUAUUAUGGAACAGUUAUUGUAUCACAGUGAUUUAUCAAUCGCGACCAAAAGAAGCGAUAUUCUGCCACAAGUUUCUGAAUGCUAAAACGGAGGCGGAGGAGUCUUCUGUUCUUCAAUUGUUUUCGAUAACGCAGUCUGUCGACCAAGUUGUGCAGACGGUGAGUCAGUAUUAUGUAGAAAAGGGUUUAAUAGAGAAAGCACAGCGGUUAUGUCAGCACAAUCGUCCUGUAUCACUUCCAUUAGUAAAAUUGAAUUUGAUAAAUAUGGAAUUCACGGAAGACGAGUUUAGUGCGUUAAUUCGCGAUUGCAAAGAGUUUAUAAAAGUUGGAUCGAGUGUUAUAGACAUCAAGAAAUAUCGCACGGUCUUAAUGAUAGUUGAAUUAUGCAAAGUGAUCAAAUUUUACAUUCCAAAUGACAGUGAAUUUGUCGCUUUAUUAACUUCGUUGACUAAAGAAGAGGCGGCUUUUGUUCUUCCUUUACUCUUUGCAACACAAAAGGAUCAAUUUGGGAAUUACAUCAUCAUGUUGUUAACUAAAUACCCCAUUUUCAUUGAGGAUUACAUCAACUAUGUCAUUGUCCAUGGCUACAAUUUCAUCGACUUUAAUCAACUUGUGAGAGCAACACCAACGCAUUUCAUAUACGCCGUCAUCAAUUGCAGAACAAUUCUUGCGACACUUUCUGUCCCAAGUAUCGAGACCGUCUUCUUUAAAGUGUUCAAGAAAACACCAUCUAUUUCAUCGCUCCAAGUCAUCGACGAAAUGCUGGAGUUAAUUAAAGGUGCAGAACUCGUGGAGUUGAUCCAAUUUUUAGACCCACAGAACCCUUUAUUUGAUGAACCGUUUCCUGUGUUCUAUGAUGAGGCUUUCAAAUUCGAGUGGAUGACCGUCUAUUGUAAAGCUUCACUCUACAACUUGAAAGAAAACAUUUUGUUGGGCAACCAAGUGGAUGACAUCCAGCACAUGAAAUUGUUCGUCGAUAAAAUCGGUCGUUGGGAUCUCUUAGACUUCGAAGAAAUCGUCUUGUUUGCCUCAAAACUCGAACUCUACGCAAUUUGCUUCAUCGUCCUGAUUUACGCAGAGAAGAACACCAAGUCACUCGAAUACUUCGUUAAAUACAUAACUCUUGUUAAAGCAAACAAAUCUGAAGUCGAUCAAGCCUUUGCUUUGGUCAAUGAGAUUGGCUCGCCCAUCGUCAAAGAGCAAAUCAAAAAGAUUUAUGACAAAGUAAUAUUCUUGAACAUCAAAACUGACUCUUUAGCUAUACAAGUUGUGAGCCCUUUUGUGUUGCAGUCAACCAACACUUUGUAA